AUGACCACCGUCAGUGGCUGGCGCUUCCGCGAAUUGGGGUCUACCAAAUGGCACGCGAGUCUCGGGGGAGAAGUAGCCGAGAUCUACCCUGAUUUGAUUCAUCAACGAGAAAUACCCGACCCGUUUAUCGACGAUAAUGAGCUCCAUGUACAAUGGGUUGCCGACCGAGAGUGGGAGUACGCUGCCACCUUCACCGUGACCGAUAUCUCCUUACAGUACCACCAAUUGAUAUGUGAAGGGCUUGAUACGUUCACUACCAUCUACGUCAAUGACACUAAGGUGGCCACGACAGAAAACAUGUUUAUUACUUACAUCAUACCCCUUACACCCGACAUAUUGAUCAGUGGGACAAAUUCGCUUCGGAUCGUGUUCCAUCAGGCACUACUUAAGGGGAAACAAUUGGAAAAGGAACACUUUAUUGGUAAAUUCUCCAAUGGCGAGCUGCUGCGGCUAUACGUGAGGAAAGCACAGUACCAGUACGGAUGGGACUGGGGGCCAAGGCUCAUUCUGUGCGGGCCUUAUAAGCCAAUACGCUACGAAGCGUACAAUCAGGCGAUUAGUGAUGUAUAUGUUUCCACUGAUAGUAUCACUGAGAACACGGCGGAGGUGUCGAUUACGGUGGAAUUGGUCAUUUGUAAGGAAUGGCAGUGUGAGAUAUUGGACCCAAAUGGAGACACAGUGGUGUUUUCAAGGUCAUCAGCACCUAGGCAACUGAUUAAUAUAAGUCUGCCUCAGUUGUGGUGGCCGUCAGGGUCAGGACUGGCAUCGCUCUAUACGGUGAUUGUCACCAUCCCUGGAACCGGCAUCAGUCGUACGGUCAAAUUUGGGAUACGAACAGUGGAGCUCAUUCAGGAUCCAUUACCAGAUGAAGACGGUGAAUCAUUCUACUUCAAGGUAAACAGCAAGCCCAUCUUCAUCCAGGGUGCAAAUUGGAUCCCCCCUCACUCAUCCCCCACAAAAGUGACAGACGACACAGUCAAAAAUCUCAUACAAUUGGCAGAAAAUGGCGGUCAAAAUUGCUUACGGGUCUGGGGAGGUGGGCUCUACGCUUCGGAUUACUUUCUCAGCGAGUGCGAUCGCCAGGGGAUUUUGGUGUGGCACGAUUUCCCCUUUGCCUGUGGCCAGUACCCAGCCUACCCUGAGUUUAUUGAAAAUGUCACUGCUGAAGUUGUUUGCAACUUAAAACGGAUGCGAAACCAUCCGUGUUUGCUCGUGUUUGCUGGUAACAACGAAGACUACCAGAUCGCAGAACAAUUCAAAUUGGAGUGGGACCGCCACAAUCACUCAGGAGACUAUACCAAUACAAAUUUCCCUGCUCGUCAAUUAUAUGAAGUUGUAUUUCCUCAGCAAAUGGCUAAGUAUUUGCCUACUGUCCCCUAUCAUCCGGGUUCGCCAUGGAGUGGAGAUUACCCCACAAGCGACCCUCUACGAGGAGAUCUACACCAGUGGAACGUGUGGCAUGGUACUCAGGAACCGUACCAACACUGGUAUAAGCUUGGCGGCCGGUUUGUCUCCGAAUUCGGUAUGGAAGCCCUCCCCUCCGCUAAUACUUUACAAGAUUGUAUCACUGAUAAACGCCAAUGGUACCCUCAGCUGAGGCUCGUGGAACAUCACAAUAAGGCGUUUGGCUUUGUAAGUCGGCUUAGUCGCUACGUCUUUGAGAAUCUACGGGUGGAUUGUCUCGAUAUGGCACUGUGGGUAUUUGCUACACAACUAAUGCAAGCAGAGUGCUUGGGAAUGGCGUUUAAGCAUUGGAGGCGGCGCUGGCGUCACCGUAGCUGUGGUGGAGGCUUGGUGUGGCAACUAAACGAUUGUUGGCCAGCAACGCUGUGGCUGAUUAUUGAUUUCAAGGGAAUACCGAAAUUGGCUUAUUAUGCCAUCAAGCGAGAGUGUCAGCCAAUUACCCUUGGAAGUUUAAGAGGAGACGAUGGGAGUAAUUGUGAAAUAUGGGGAGUCAACAUGACUUCAGUGUCGAUCAAAAAGGCAAAUUUGGUCAUUCAAAGUCUUGAUAUCAAUUCAGGUAAAGUCGUCGAUUCAAAGAAGUUUAAAGUGACGCUUUUACCCAACCAGGCGACCGAGCUCACUGAGUACAAGUUACCUUCCGAUUCAGUAUUGGUUCAUUUGCAAUUAUUCCAAAGUAGUACGGAACUUGCCAGUAGCUUUGACUGGCCGCAACCGUUAAAGUACCUCCAUUUUUCAGGGAUUAAAGUCACCACCAAGGUCGAGGACGGCAUCAUCAAACUCACGACUAAUAAACCCACGAAAGCGGUGGUGGUUCUGACGCCUACCCAUGUCGUCGUCGAUGACAAUGGGUUCGAUAUGGUCCCUGAUCUCCCAAAAAUUAUCAAGGCCGCCGCGAUUAAGCCAGGCGACAAGGUUGACGUCACCUGGUACGCCCCCUAG